GUCAAAAUCUGGUUUCAAAAUCGCCGUUCAAAGUACAAAAAGAUGAUGAAGGCUGCUCAGGUUCCCGGUCAAGGUAGUGGCAUGCCUUUGGGCAGUGGUGGUCCAAAUCCCGGUCAACAUAGUCCAAAUCAAAAUAUGCAUAGUGGCGGUAAUAACGGUGGCGGUUCAAAUAGUGGCUCACCCUCACAUUAUCUACCUCCAGGACACAGUCCGACGCCUUCAAGUACGCCUGUAUCUGAAUUAUCACCCGAAUUUCCACCAACGGGAUUAAGUCCGCCAACGCAAGCGCCCUGGGAUCAAAAACCCCAUUGGAUCGAUCAUAAACCACCGCAAAUGACACCGCAACCACCUCAUCCAGCUGUAUCACAUCCGCAGACGCAUCAUCACCAACCACCGCCACAAAUGGGCGGCUAUGUACCCCAUCAGUACUGGUAUCAGCCGGAAACAAAUCCAUCGCUAUUAACGUAGGGUAUGGCCAGCGGUCUAACAGACACCUCCAACCUCUACUAUAGCAGCAGCAACCACAACAACCUUUUACCAAACCGAUCCUAUAGAUAAUUUAAUGCAUAUAUAUUAAAAGAAAAGAAACAAAAACAAAUUCAAUAACAAAAAA